AUGGCCUAUCAUUUAAUUGAUAACGUACACUCAAAAUCAUUGACGCCCAAAGAACCAAACGUUGAGUUAUUGGAUGCGUCAUGCGUGCGAAAUAUCAUUGUUUGCCUGGGCAAUAACAUUGGCAAAACAUUUAUCGCUAGUAAAUUGAUUCAAAACACAAGUAAUAAUAUAUCUGUGAACAAUGGAACGAUCACUCUUUAUGUUGCUGAUUCCUCAGUUGUGGUAUCCAGAAAAGCAGCUUAUUUUCAAAGACUCACUAAUAUGUUGGUGGCCGAGUACCAUAAAGGAAAUUGCAAUAAAAUAAAAAAGAUAAAAAAGAUACCAAAAUUAGAUCAAAUUGUAGUCGCAGAAACAGAAACAGCAAAUUAUAUGCUAGAAAAUGAAUUGAUUGUAAUGUCUGAUAUUAAUUUAUUGAUAUUACAUGAUUGUCAUUGCGUUUUAAAAAAUGGCAUAGUUCCUCAAAAAGAGCUUAUGAAAUUUUAUUAUAAUUCUUCUACAAAACCUCAUAUUCUUAGUUUAGCCAGUUCAUUAUUUUCUUCAAAUUUAGAUCUCAGUCAAAUUAAAUCAUGCCUAAAUAAAAUGGAGGAUAUAUUAAAUUGUAAAGCAGAAACUGCCAGUAAUGUGCUCUCUUUGCUAAGAUAUGGGACCCAUCCACAUGAAGUUUUAAUUGAAUAUGGACUACAUAUACCAUCUUCAAUUGAUGAAAUAAUUGAAGGAGAAAUUUUAAAAGCCAUUCAAUUUAUAAAAGAUCAUCGAUAUGAUCCUUUAGAAAUGUAUGAGAGUUUUACAGAGGAGUUACAAGACAUUCCCGAUCCUAAGAAAGAACCGGAAGAAAUUUUUUUAGAGCUGCUAAAUGUUUUACACACCCUAGGGCCUUGGAGUACUGAUAGAGCUGCACUAGUAUUGCUUCUUCAAAUUGAAAAGUUAAAAGUAACCACACCUUAUGAGAGACAUUUUUUGCUACUUUGUAUGGCAUCUACAGUUCUGGUCAAAAUUCGUGCCAUUUUAGACGAUUUUUUUAAAGAUAUUGAUGAAAAAGAAAGAAUUUAUAAAUACUCUUCACCUAAAAUUUUAAGGGUUAUAGAAAUUCUUAGAAAAUUUGUACCAGAAAAAUUAGAUGUCAAAUUGGAUGAUAAUUUAAGUGUAAAAAAUCAAAGUAAUAAAUUAUCGGAUGCAAGUAAAACCAUUUCAAAAGCGAUUGAAACUUCGGCAGAAAAAUGUUCCACCAUUUUAAAUGAAUCUGAAAUGAAGAAGCAAUGCUUGAAUUGUGAUUGCACAAUAAUGACUGAAUAUUUAUUAAAAAGACUGGAUUCUAGUGAUAUAAAAAAUUUUACUUAUGAUAAUUUUGCUAAAUUAGAAAAAGAAGGAUAUUCAAAUUUCAUUAUGAAUAAUGAGGACUUAUCUAAAUCUGCUACUCAAAUUGAAAAUAAUGAAAGGAAUUUAAAAGAACUUGGUGAUAAAAAUGAAAUUUCACUCUUGUCUAAUAAUUUUUCAAACAAUUGUAAUGAAAGUUUAAACCAAAGUAAUAACAAUAAACCAAUCAAAAAUUUCUUUUAUGAAAACAAUAAUAAAAGCAAAAAAGAACACUCGAAUAGUAUUUUGAGAAAUAAAAAUGGUUUUUUGCCUAUUGCUAAAGAAAAUAUUUUAAGAGCGGUAAAUGAAUCCCUACAGAUGAAGAAGAGGAAAAUAAACGAAACUCAUACAAUAGAAAGAGAAAAUCAAGAUGAUUUUAUUUUUAAACAGUUAAAAAAUUUUGGAGAUAGUGACGUUCCUCUUUGCGGUUUAAUUUUUGUCGAAAAAAAAUUCACAGCUAAAGUUUUAUUUCAUGUUUUAAAUGAUUUAAAACAGGCCGAUGAAGAUUUUUCGUUCUUAAACGUACAAUUUACAGUUGGUAAAGUUGUUGAUGGCACUAAAGAUCCAAAAGGAGCUGAAAAUGAGCAUAGAAAGCAAGAGCUAAUGUUAAAAAGAUUUCGAAUCAGAGCAUGUAAUCUUCUGAUAGGCACAAGCUUUUUAGAAGAAGGAAUCGAGUUACCAAAAUGCAAUUUAGUUAUUAGAUUUGACGUUCCUAAACAUUAUAGGUCUUACAUUAAUACAAAAGAAAGGGCCAGAGCCGCUAAUUCUUUAUUCUGUCUUUUAGUCGGCCCUAAUGAAAAAGAUGAUUUUGUACACGAAUUGGCCAAAUAUUACGAAACGGAAGCUGUGCUUUUAGAAAAAUGCGGUCAUCUGGAACCGGAAGAAGAAGAGGAAAACGAAGCUGAUUUGUAUACACAAUUAGUACAACCUUUUUGUCCACUUUUGAAACGAGAAUGUCCCCAUGUGGACUUAUCAAGUGCUGUGAUGUUACUUAAUAGAUAUUGUGCCAAACUACCGAGUGAUACUUUUACUCGGCUCACACCAAUAUGCAAUAUAAAAACGGUGAAAGAAUUUGAAAGAAAAAUGUAUGUUUGUACCAUUCGUUUACCCAUUAAUUCUCCGAUAAAACAGGAAAUUGAGGGUUGUCCUAUGCCUACAAGAGUUUUAGCAAAACGAUUUGCAGCUUUCCAAUGCUGUCAAUUGCUUCACUUAUCCGGUGAAUUGGAUGAUACCCUUCAACCAAUAAGUAAAGAAAGUUUUUGGAUUCGAGAAGAAGGACGAUUAACAGUUACCAAUGAUGAAACGGAAGAAAUUGUUUCCAGAGAUAGUUUGGAACCGAGGCCUGGAACCACAAAGCGAAGGCAAUACUAUUACAAAAAGAUUGCAGAUUCCCUAACGGAUUGUCUUCCGAUGGCAGAUAAGCCAUCUUUUUUAUACGAUAUAUCUAUGGUGUUGAGUUGCCCUCUUCCCGAAGAACAAAACACGAGGGGUAGAAAAAUUCAUCCUCCGGAAAACUCAUCUCAGGGCUUUGGGAUUCUAACAAAGAAAAGAAUUCCAAAAAUCGGUCCCUUUCCUAUUUUCACAAGAUCUGGAGAAGUGCAAGUUAAAUUAAAACUGGCGCAGACAACAGUUCAACUUACAGAAAUUGAAAUCAAUAAAAUUGUUGCAUUUAUUCAUUAUACUUUCACCAGCGUUUUAAGACUUCAGAAGUAUCUCAUGAUGUUCGAUCCGAAUUCUUCGGAAAAUUCUUAUUUUAUUGUUCCCACUAAAAAAGUUAAGGAUUCGGAUUCGGUAGAAGUAGAUUGGGCAUUUUUAGAAUUAAUAUAUGAAAAGAGAAAUCAAGUUCCUACAUUCAUACCUGAAGAAAAUCGGAAAAAUUUUGUUUUUGAACCAUCGAAAUUUGAAGAUGCGGUUGUGAGUCCAUGGUAUCGUAAUCAAGAUCAACCACAGUAUUUGUAUGUGGCCGAAAUAUGUACAAAUUUGAACCCAAAAUCUGCUUUUCCGGGAACGGAAUAUCAAACUUUUGAAGAAUAUUAUUUGAAAAAAUACAAUAUUGUCAUUCAAAAUCUUGAUCAGGCUCUUUUAGAUGUUGAUCACACUUCAGCUCGUCUUAAUUUUUUAACUCCUCGGUAUGUUAAUAGAAAAGGCGUCGCUUUACCAACAACCAGCGAAGAAAAGAAAAGAGCUAAAAGGGAAAAUUUAAAACAAAAACAAAUUCUCAUUCCGGAAUUGUGCGAUAUUCAUCCGUUUCCAGCCACUCUUUGGAGAAAAGCCGUUUGUUUACCCUGUAUUUUGCAUCGAAUCAAUGCUUUGCUUUUAGCCGAUCAAGUUCGUAUGAUCGUUGCCGAAGAAAUCGGAGUCGGUAGCAUAGAUUUAAACGAGGAGUUCAAUGGGAAUCCUUUUAAUUUGGGAUGGAGCUGGGCAGAUGUAUUAAAACAAACCAAAAUUUUAAAAAAACAACGUGAAGAAACGCCAGAAGCCGUGAAAAGUAUUGAAAUGAAAGACGAGAGUGACCACGUAAACAAAAAUAAUAAAGACACUCAGAACUGUAAUGAUAAUGAUCGUGAAAAUGACUCCGAUUUAAAAGUUACAUUAAACGAUAGUUGUAAUACAGAAAUUGUUCUUGAAGAGAGUAACGAAAGUGAUAAAGAUGACAAACAAUGGGUUGAAAUUGGAACUUGGAGUAAUGAUAUGGCAGAUGAUAAAUUAGAAAACAUUUACGAUGAUUCCCAUGAUCCGGAUGAAAUCGAUGAUUUGAGACUUCCGAAAAAUUUAACGAUGAUAGAGGAAACAGAUGGAAAAGAAAUAAAUGAUUGGGAUUCGAAAAUAUUUAGUGAAAUGAAAGAUUCGGUUCGCUAUUGUUCCCCUACUAGCUGGUUAGGAGAACCCAAAAUGGAUGAUGAAGUUUUAGAUGGCCUUUCCGAGAGUACGUACAGCGAUGAUUACUUUGAUGGAUAUAUGAACAGUGAUACCGAUUCUGAAUGUGGGGGCCUAAAAAUUGAAUUCAAAGAUGAUAAUGUCGCAGAAGCAGUCGAAAACAAUCACACGGCUACUAAUUUUAUCAAAGAAUUAAAUGAAGUCGAAGAAUCCGAACCUUGGUACUAUGACGAAUCUGAAAAAUAUUCAAAAUACGUCGAUGAAUUUUACGCAAACGUUCAAAACCGAAAGGAAAAAAUUAUUAAUAGUGAUAUGUAUUAUUCUGAAGAAAAAUCUUUUGAUUUUUCUCGUUCGCAUUCGAAAAAUUAUCAGAAAACAUAUCCGGGAUGCUGCAAAAACGAUUCACAAUCGGAAACAAGUGAGAAUUUCGGUAGUGCUGAUAAUCGACUUCCGAGAUUGAAUGAAAAUUUACAAAAUGAUUUUAAAAGUUUACCAUAUUUUAAGAUCAUAAGUGAAGUUUUGAAACGCGAAGAGAACAAACAAGCAAAUCCUAAAAAUAACGUUUUGGGAUUUGAAUUAAAAACUUUGCCUUCCAAUUAUAAACCUUUCGAGGAAAUCGAUGAAAUUUGUCAAAAAUUUAGUUUCGAUGAACAACCUGAUCUCAGUGGACAUCCAGGUCCAAGUCCCAGUCUUAUUUUGCAAGCUUUAACCAUGUCUAACGCAAAUGACGGUAUCAACUUGGAAAGACUCGAAACCAUUGGUGAUUCUUUUUUAAAAUAUGCAAUUACUACUUAUUUGUAUUGUAUUUAUGAAAAUGUUCACGAAGGAAAGCUGAGUCAUUUGAGAUCUAAACAAGUGAGUAACUUUAACUUAUACAGAUUAGGACGUAAAAAAAUGUUGGGCGAAAGUAUGGUGGCAACAAAAUUUGAACCUCACGACAAUUGGUUACCACCGUGUUAUUACGUACCACGAGAACUCGAGCGAGCUCUUAUUGAAGCUGGAGUUCCAGCAAGUCAUUGGAACAGAGCUGAUCUUCCCUCUUUGAAAAAUUUAAGCAAAGAAGAAAUAUGUCAGUUAGUUAAAGAAAAGGGAGAAAAACUUGGUAUUGUAAAUGCAGAAAAGAAACCGAUAAACGUAACGAUACCUUGCUUAAAUUUAGAAAACAUGCCUUGUUUUAUUCCAUAUAAUUUAAUGACGCAGCACAGCAUUCCGGAUAAAAGUAUUGCAGAUUGCGUAGAAGCAUUAAUAGGAGCGUAUUUAGUCGCAUGCGGUCCUCGGGGAGCUCUUCUCUUUAUGUCGUGGCUAGGAAUAAAAGUAUUACCGAAGGAAGAAAAAUUUUUUGAAUCCGAAAACGAUCCGGACAUAAAAAAGGGAGUGGGAGCUAGUCGACCAAUUAAAGUUAUGACGAAUAAUGGAGAAGUAACUUUUGGAAAAUUGAAAUCUCCUAAACGACCUCUUAUUUGUCAUAUACCUAAUCCCGAGGGAGAAUUGGAAAAAUUGUUACGCGGUUUCGAUAUUUUCGAAGAGAGCAUUAAAUAUCGUUUUCGCGACAGAAGUUACCUCCUUCAAGCACUUACUCACGCAUCAUACUACCCUAAUAGAUUGACUGAUUGUUACCAACGUCUCGAAUUUUUAGGCGAUGCCGUUUUAGAUUAUUUGAUUACGAGACACCUGUACGAAGAUUCAAGGCAUCAUUCCCCGGGCGCUCUUACGGAUUUAAGAUCGGCUUUGGUCAACAAUACCAUAUUUGCCUCCUUGGCAGUCAGGCACGAUUUUCAUAAAUAUUUCAGGCAUUUGUGUCCGAGUUUAAAUGAGGUGGUCGAUAGAUUUGUAAGGUUCCAACAAGCAAACGGACACGCAAUAAGCGAAGAAUUUUAUUUAAUUGAAGAGGAAGAAUGCGAAGAAGCCGAAGAUGUUGAAGUACCCAAAGCGUUAGGAGACGUUUUCGAAUCUGUCGCUGGAGCAAUUUUUUUGGAUAGUGGAAUGUCUUUAGACGCUGUUUGGAGAGUCUAUUAUAGAAUAAUGAAAAAUGAAAUAGAAUUAUUUAGUACGAACGUACCGAAAUCACCCAUACGAGAACUUUUCGAACUCGAACCGGAAACUGCUCAAUUUGGCAAACCUGAAAAACUCGCCGAUGGAAGAAGAGUACGAGUUUCGGUCGAAGUUUUUGGUAAAGGAAUAUUUAACGGGAUAGGAAGGAAUUACAGGAUAGCAAAAUGCACGGCUGCCAAAUGCGCAUUAAAACAACUCAAAAGAAAAGGUUUAUUAGAACUAUUUUUUACUAAUGUAGGAUAUAUGAAAAGUUUUUAA